CAUCGCCGACUUCACAGCCUCUGCUUUGCGCGCUUGUGUUUUGUUUCCUGUUUGCACCAAACAACGAAUUCACAACAAACAGAACUAAAGGUUAUAAAAUGUGAGUGUACUUUAAUUAAACAUGAUCUAAGAUUAAACCCGCAUUUGAAUGGACUCGAGCUCAAAACCCUCCGCGGGACGAGAAAAGGAGGGUGUGACGGCGCCCCUCAGAGGCCGACCGAUGUCUGACAGCGUGUCUCUGGCCUCUUACUCCGAGUAUCCUGCGGGACGUCCCUUCAUUAACACAUCCCUGCCCUUCACUAACAGAGCCGUCAAAGCCUUUCCUGAGAGCAGCGGUGCAGCCAUUCUUUCUGCGCUGAAGAACCUGCAGGAGAAGAUCCGUCAUCUGGAGCUGGAGCGAUGUGAUGCUCAGCAGAAGCUCCAGACCAUCUCCAGAGAAUCCACACACUCUGACCACAGAGACCACGACAGACACACAAACCACGAUCUGCUCUCUCAGCUGUCUGCGGCCGAGACUCGAUGCUCACGCUUGGAGAAACAGUUGGAGCACAUGAGGAAGACUGUGAGAAACACCGAAUCGGACAGAAGCGCUGUGCUGCGCCGACAGGUGUCUCUGGAGCGUCUGGGUUCAGCGGACUGGGCCGAUGUUCAGCUGAAGCUGCAGAAGCUGGAUCUGCUGGAGCAGGAGUAUUAUCGGCUGACGGAGACUCAGAGCGCCGCCGAGAGGAAGAUCAGACAGCUGGAGAGGAAACUACAGGAAGAGGAGCAUCAGAGGAAACUGGUGCAGGACAAAGCAGCUCAGUUGCAGACGGGUCUAGAAGCCAAUCGUCUGCUCAUCCAGUCUGUGUCUCCACGUCCACAUAAAUCCAGCAGAAUCAAACCAAAGAAGCUCUCAGCAAAGAAACAUCCGUCGCAGUCGCAGCCGCAUUACAGACUCAGUCUGGGAGACGUGCCGUUUGUGACCGGGACGUCGACAGGCUCGAGUCACUCUGUGCGAGCAAACGUCCAGCACGUCCUUCAUCUCAUGAAGCAGCAUCAUCCUCAGCUGUGUAACGAGCGGGUGCUGGGACACGCCCCCUCCACCAAUCACAGCAGUAGCUCCUCCUCUUCCUCUUCCUGUGGGGAGGAGCUGUCAGAGCUGCUGCUGACGCUGCAGGACGAGUUUGGACACAUGAACUUCGAGCAGCAGGAAUUGGCCAAACGGAUCCAGUCGUGUGGUUCGGAUCGCUUGCGGCGGGAUCUGGAGCGUGAGAUGGAGACGCUCGUGAAGAGGAUGGAGAAUAAAGCAGAACAGAUCGCUAAAGUCCGGCGACAUCAAACUCAGUGUGUUCAGCAGAGCGACGGCGGAGGACAGAUGAAAGUCUGGAGUCGCUCGGUCAAAGCCAGACCUGGUGAGCGCAGUCGAGACAGUCUGCGUCUGCUGAAAGACAUGCGCUCGCUGCAGACCUCACUGCGCAGCUGGGAAUACUGAGAGGGUCAGGGUCACACAAACACAUCCAGGUCAAAGUUUUUCCAGAUGUUUGAUUUAUUUGGAAAACAAAUGAUGUUCGAUGACGAGCCGAACAGAAUCUGAAUUCUGAAGACGAGGCUCUCUGAAAAAUCCAGAAACAUUAUUAUUAAUUAGUAUUUUUCAUUUUUAUUACAUGAAGGGUUUAUUAUGUGUUAAGAAAUAUUUCUGGAGCAGAAUAAAGGACAGACUGAUUUGAAACAAAAAAUAAUAAUUACCCAGAAUUCCUGUGCAGCUGUGUUUGGUAGCACUUUACAGUAAGAUCUCAUUUGUUAACAUUAGUAAACACAUUAACUAACAUCAACUUACAACUUCUAUUAAUGUUACUGAAUUUUUUCGUAUUUAUUUCAGUUUUCAGUGCAUUAAUAUUAAGAGAUAAAACAUUUGAUCUUAAUUUUUUUUUGAAGAUUUGUAUUGUCAGUUCAUAUCAACUAAUGAAGUUAUAUAAUGUUAGCAAAUGGAACCUUACUGUAAAGUGUUACUUUUUAAACUAAUUUAAACUUGUUCUUCAGUGUUUCAGGUUUAUGAUCUUUUCAACAUUCCAAAGAUUCCAGCAUUUUUUUUUUUCUUUGGUAAAAUGAUUCUGCUUGUAUUAUAAUGUUUACAUAUUUCUGUUGGCAGUCAUUCUGUUUGUUUCCAUGAUAGAGUGAAAUGUGAGUGGUUUAAUGAAUAUAUAUGAUGGAUUUUAUUUGAAUUGAGCAGCGAUUUAUUAAAGAUGCAGUCGAUUUUAGUGUGUGUGUGUGUGUGAGAGAUGCACCGGUGCUCAGACUCUUGCGUUGUGUGAGAAUGACUUUAAAUAUGUUUGAAAUAUUUAUUUUUACAGCACUGAAUAAAACCAAAAUGAAUGACAUGUUUGUGAUUUGUUUGUUUCAAUAGAGACGCCAAGAGUUUAUUUGAAUGAAACCUUUUAUUUCUUCAUUCAUAAUUCUCAUGUAAAUUAAAGACACAAUGAUCUGUACAGAAUAUCUACACACACACACGUGUCUCCAGACAGACUUUCAGAAAAACCAACGGCAAACCAUUCUCACUUCAUAGAAUUCUGUAACACUUUACAAUAAAGUCUCAUUUAUUAGCAUUAAUAUUUAGCUAACACGAGCAAUAUUUUUUUUGCAGCACUUAUUAAUAAUAAAAAAAGUUUCGUGUUAGUUGAUGCAU